CUUCCGCCACCGCAGUGGGAAAGGAAACAUCUCUUUCACGGGCCGGAAGCCACCUGACCACCUUCACCACGGCGCGCUACUCGGCAUCCUACCGCGCAGAACCUCUGCGCGUGUCCUCGCGAGACGAACUCGCCGAAAUGGCGGCGUCCAGUCAAGGAAACUUUGAGGGAAAAUUUGAAUCCUUGGACCUUGCAGAAUUUGCCCGAAAGCAACCAUGGUGGCGCAAGCUGUUUGGACAGGAUUCGGGACCAUCAGUUGAAAAGUAUAGUGUGGCAACUCAGCUGUUAAUUGGCGGUGUAACUGGAUGGUGUACUGGCUUCAUAUUCCAGAAGGUUGGGAAAUUGGCUGCAACAGCUGUGGGUGGAGGAUUUUUCCUCCUUCAGAUUGCAAACCAUACUGGCUACAUCAAAGUUGACUGGCAACGCGUAGAAAAGGACAUGAAAAAAGCCAAAGAACAGUUGAAGAUUCGUAAAAGCAACCAAAUACCAACUGAGGUGAAGAGCAAAGCUGAGGAGGUUGUGUCAUUUGUGAAGAAGAACGUUCUAGUAACUGGAGGAUUUUUGGGAGGCUUUCUGCUCGGCAUGGCAUCCUAAGGAAUGCAUCUUCCCGUGUUCUGGUUUUUCCCAGCCAGCAGUCUCUACACUCCAUCUAUAGGACAUCAAGUCUGUUCUCUUCCUCCUCUUCUUCUGUGCCUUCCUCCCUGCGGUAGCAAAUCUAUCUGGAUGGCUUCUCUAGUCAAGCUGUUGGCUCAAGUUAAACAACACCUACAUGAGCUUGGCAGCAAUGGAAGAGACAGUAGAUGUUAGCUUUCCUCCUAGUGUACUCCUUACUUGGCCAGUCUAUAGAUCAACAAGAAUGUUCCUUUUCCCCUAUGUAAUAUUCAUACCAGAACAUGUUACAAGAUGGUUCACUGUAGAGGAUGACUGAAUCCCGAAAGGCUGUUCCAAACUGUGCUUUCGGAAAAGAAGCACAUAGUGAAUGUAUGUGCUGUGUGAAAAGGAACUGAAUACAUUGGCCUUUAAGCAUAAAAGA